GAUCCAAGCAUGCAUCGUGUUCUCUGCCUGCUCCUUUUGGUUGGAUUCCUGGACCUUUCCUGUGGUCAGGGUGGCAAUGAAGCUCCCAACAACAACUCUGACAAGCAGGCUCAGGGGGCAGAGGAGGGUCCCUUACACCCCCAGGUCACUGCUGGCAAUAUGAACUUUGCCUUCAGCCUCUUCCACAUAAUUGCGUCGGAAAGCCCUGAGAAGAAUAUCUUCUUUUCUCCACUGAGCAUCUCAGCGGCCUUGGCCAUGCUGUCACUGGGGGCCCGUGGACGGAGCCAGACCCAGCUUCUCACCAGCCUUGGCUUCAAUCUCACCGAGCUGUCCACACGCAAUGUCCACCAGGGCUUCCAGCAGCUGCUGCGUGUCCUCAGCCUCCAGGACGACAGAUUGGAAAUGCGUUUAGGCAACGUGCUGCUGCUGAGCCACGACCUGGAGCUCCUGCCGGGGUUCCUCAAUGACACCGUGGCCUUCUACAACCCCAAGAUUUUCCGCCCCCAUUUUGAAGACGCUGCGGGCACAGUCCAGCUCAUCAACGACCAUGUAAAGAAGGAAACUCGUGGAAAGAUCAUCGAUUUGGUCAGUGAUCUGAGCCCAGACACCGAGAUGAUGCUGGUGAAUUAUAUCUAUUUCAAAGGUCUGUGGGAGAAGCCCUUCUCUGUCUCCAAAACCAGGAUGGAUGACUUCCACGUGGAUGCGGUCACCACGGUGAGAGUGCCCAUGAUGCGGAGUUGGUGGCCGCACUGGUAUUUUCACGACAGAUACGUGCCCUGCUCUGUGCUGCGGUUGGAUUACCAAGGCCCUGUAGCCGCCUUCUUCAUCCUUCCUGACCCAGGCAAGAUGAAGCAGGUGGAACUGAUGUUGACUCCAAUGAUGCUAAUGAAGUGGAACCGCUUGCUCCAGAACAGAAAGUUUUACCGAAAAGUGGAGUUGCAUUUCCCCAAGUUCUCCAUUUCAAGCUCCUAUGAAUUGGAUCAGAUUUUGUCCACGCUGGGCUUCAGGGACAUCUUCUCUCAGCAGGCUAACUUCUCUGGCAUCACCAGACAGCGGAAACUGCACGUAUCCAAAAGUUUCCACAAGGCCACCCUGGACGUGAAUGAAGCUGGCGCCGAGGCUGCCGCGGCCACUGGUUUUUCCAUUGCUUUUUUAUCUGCCCAGCACAACCCUCCAGUCCUGCGGUUCAACAGACCCUUCUUCAUGAUCCUCUUUUCAUCCAGGAUGCAGACUGUCCUCUUUCAGGGCAAGGUGGUCAAGCCCACAACCUCUUACUGUCUCCCUCUGCUACAAACUCUGCUCCAGCCUUUGCAGGGCAGCCCUGUAGAUCCAGCCUACAUGUUGGGCAUUGGGGCAGCCAUCAUGAAGCUGGUCCUCCUCCUGUGCCUGAUGCUCCUCAGCCCUCAGGUUACCACUCGCCGCUACCACCCCCGGGAGAUGAAGAAGAAAGGCAGGAAGCCCUCUGGCAGAGCUACCGUGGCCUCCGGUCCCAAGGAUUUCACCUUUGACCUCUACAGAAGCUUGGCUUCGGCUGCCCAUGGCCAGAACAUCUUCUUCUCCCCUGUGAGUGUGACCACCAGCCUGGCCAUGCUCUGCCUGGGAGCCCAAGCCCACACAAAGGCACAGAUCCUGGAGAGUCUGGGCGUCCACCUCCAGCAGAGGUCAGAGGACCAGCUCCAUGAGGACUUCAAACAGCUCCUGCAGGAACUCAGCCAACCCAGAGAGGGCUUCCAGCUGACCCUGGGCAACGCCCUCUUCAUGGACCCUGCAAUCGCCAUUCACGACAGCUUCCUAAGGGCCAUGAAGACGCUGUACCUGGCAGACACCUUUCCCGUCAGCUUUGGAGACCCCAUCGCAACCAUGAAGCAGAUCAACGACUAUGUGGCAAAGCAAACCAAUGGCAAGAUUGUGGACCUGAUCCGCAACCUGGACAGCACCCAUUUCAUGGUGAUUGUGAAUUACAUUUUCUUUAAAGCUAAGUGGGAAACAGCCUUCAACAUCAAAAACACUCAGGAGCAGGACUUCCACGUGACCCCGGAGACGGCCGUGCAGGUGCCCAUGAUGAACCGCGUCGACGAGUUUGACUACUUCCUGGACCAGACCCUUGCCUGCAGGGUGGUGGGCGUCCCCUACCAAGGCAAUGCCACGGCGCUGUUCGUUCUCCCCAACCAGGGCAAGAUGGAGCAGCUGGAGAAUGGGCUGAGCCAGAACACGGUGAAAAAGUGGCUUCGCAUGUUCACAAAGAGGGAACUCCAGCUUUACCUUCCCAGAUUCUCCAUUGAAGGGUCCUACCAGUUGGAGAAAAUUCUGCCCAGGCUUGGUAUCAGUGAUGUCUUCUCCUCCUAUGCAGACCUGUCCGGCAUCACUGACCACCCCAACACCCAGGUGUCAGAGAUGGUGCACAAAGCAAAGGUGGACGUGGAUGAGGCAGGGACCAGGGCGGCUGCAGCCACAGGAGUCAUCUUCACCUUCCGAUCGGCCCAACUGAGUCCACCAAGGAUUGUGUUCAACAAGCCCUUUCUGCUACUCAUACUGCAGAAUCAGAACAUCCUCUUCCUUGGGAAAGUGAACCACCCCUGAGGGGGGCUGCUCCUGAAUUCCACAGGCCUCCCAUUUGGGCAGAGCUCAUAGGAGAGCCAGAAGUGUGGUAUGGUCAUCUGUCUUCUGGUAGCUAGUGAUUCACAUAGGUUUAGUUGCCUAAUGAGGCAUCAUAGGCCAUAAUGCUGUCAAUAUACUGAUAAUUGCUUCCUCUGAUAUACAGCAAGGAGACAUGGGUGAUUAGGACAACACUGGUCUUUCCCUUGCCUUUAGCCAGUGAAGAUUAGCCUAGAGAGGCCUAGAGAGGCCAGCUGAUGUGCCCAGGCUCACACUGUACCUUUGUGGCAUGGACAGGCUAGAAUCCAGGGCCACAAGGUUCUGCAGGAGAGUAGGUGUGAGCUACCACAAAGCACCUGUUUAAGUGUGGUCCCACCUAUCAGCCAACAACUCUCAAUUCAUCAUGGUUUGGGAAGAACUCUGGAAUGAAGGUCUGGUAUAGGGGCUACAGCCCCAGCCUUGUCCACAUGUGUGACACUGGCAUAACACAGUCCAUCUGUAAACCUGACUUUCCCCACAUACAGAGAAGGAUCAAGACAAGAAUCCCACCCUUGGAAGCAUUAAAGGCUGCUCUAGGGCAGUCACGGUUGGCUCAGUCCACUCACACGCCACUCAUCCAUUAAGCACAACAGCUGACCAUCAUCUGUGAGUCCAUCAUGUUGGGGUCCAGUGCAGGAUCACGCCAUCCCUAGAAUGCAGCCAUCAUCUCUCUCACCUCACAGGCCAGGCUACAGAGAGAGAACAGAGGUCUUUCACAGACAGUAGGGUGUUGAUGACAGGCACUGAUGAUUAGCUUUCCGAAUUUUACUUUGUAAUAACAAUAAAGCAUUUGCAAAGACUGG